UUUUUUGUUUGUUUGUUUUUUUAAUUUCUGUAUUUUUAUUCUUGAAUAAGUGGGUUAUCAUUUUUGGAGAUCUAAAGAUUGCUUUGUGACUGUCAAGCGUCAACAUGGACGUGUUAGCAAAUCACAGUAUUUUUCAAGAGCUGCAGCUCGUGCACGACACCGGCUACUUCUCCGCUUUGCCUUCCCUGGAAGAGAACUGGCAGCAGACAUGCCUGGAGCUGGAGCGCUACCUGCAGACGGAGCCCAAGAAAUUCACAGACCCCUUCGAUGAAGACUUGGACUGCCUCUUGACGCCUUCCUUCAUGAAGGUUGAAGUCGAGGACCCCCAGGACCACUUACUGCUCUCGGAGCAGCCUAGCCCCACGGGACUCAUCUCCCAGGACAAGGUCCUGCUGAAGGUACCCCUGAGUCUCCAGACAGUGGACUCCAUGACCAAAGAGGCGUGUGCCGGCACUGGUGGAGGCGUGAACGCAGCCCAGCUCAGCGCCGUCACCUCCCUCACCCCACCCUCCUCCCCUGAGCUCGGUAGGCACCUCAUCAAACCCGCGCAGACGCUCACGGCCACUGCCGACGGCACGCUCACACUCAAACUGGUGACGAAGAAGAUCGGUACAGGGGCUGCCAAGGUGGUCGCUGAGGCAGUGCUACCCUCCCCAACGAAAGGGGCGCAGAGUGACGGGGAGCAGGGGGCCGCUGGUGGCAGAACAGCUGAAACUACCCCCGAAAACAAGAAGCGGGUCCAUCGCUGCCAGUUCAACGGCUGCCGCAAGGUUUACACAAAGAGCUCCCACCUGAAAGCACAUCAGAGGACACACACGGGGGAGAAGCCUUACAAGUGUUCAUGGGAGGGCUGCGAUUGGCGCUUUGCACGGAGCGACGAGUUGACGAGGCACUACAGGAAGCACACUGGAGCCAAACCGUUCAAGUGUAACCACUGUGACAGGUGUUUCUCCCGGUCCGACCAUCUGGCUCUUCACAUGAAGAGACAUAUCUGAGGAAGAACUCUCUAUAUAUAUAUAUAUAUAUAUAUAUAUAUAUAUAUAUAUAUAUAUAUAUAUAUAUAUAUAUAUAUAUAUAUAUAUAUAUAUAAAUUCCAGAGGAAGCUGCAGACAGUUCUGCACAGCCGGAAGGAGCCCCGAACACAUCUUGAAGAGCACAGAAUUCACUCGGCUUGUCCUGUCUUGAGGCAGGAGAGUAACAGAAGAAAGAAAGAGUAAGAGAAGAGAGCUGGAAAAAGAGAGCAUACAAACCUUAACUCUUUUAUUUGAUUGGUCAUGCCUUACCCAGCCUGGUGCUGGAGUCAGACACUGCCAAACGAUUGCUGAAACAAUCACGCCUCGUUUAUUUGGCGGUGUUCGUGUUGCUAUGGAAACCCAAGAGGGUUGCAUUGAUUAUCUGCCAUUGCAUAUGACCUUCAUUUAAAUUGUCCCCAGUUUUUUUUUUGUUUUUUUUACUUGGAGGUGAAAUGUGGAAAAACUAAUAAGCCAAAACAGAAAACAAAUAAAAAACUGACAGCCAAACGUGAUCCCCCUAACGCUUUGGGCAAUGUCUUAAAACUCUGUGAAGUGUACUUCUUGUAGUGGCCCCUACUAACCCUCCACCUCUGCUCUCUCCGAUCCGGAGGUGUGUUAUUGCUUUCCACGCCAGCGACCUUAAAGGCACCUGACUGUGCAGUGACACUUUGUUGCCUCUUCUUCUGAUCUGAAAUGUCUUAAAACUCACAAAAAAGGUUGCUUUAUUUGUGUGUACAUCUACAGACAACAUGCUACAGUAUGCAAAUCCAGUAGCUGCAAGCACUAACUUCAACGUAGAAAAAAAAAAAAAGAAAAGAAAAGGCUUCAUGAUGGUCUAAAAAGGAGAGGGGAAAAAAAGCCUGGUUUCCUUAAAAGAAUUUCAAAUGUAUACCGGUACGUACCUCUCACGACUUUACCUUCUGGAUUAGGCCUCAUUCUUGAAAAUUUGAAACGUGUGUUUGCAAACUUGAGAGCUCUGAUGCGUCCUUCCUGGAACUGCAGUCUGUCUUAGGAGGCCUUCUGCCCACAGUGAACUGCCUUUCAACGUUCUACAUGGCCAAACUUUGCAACAAGCAAGCCCAGGAACGCAGGAUGCUUUGGGCCACACAUACUUUGCCCAUCUACCCGUCAAAUGCACUGACUUUUUAAAUGUUAGCUGUGCUUUUUUUCUCUAUAAUACAAAAUCAAUUUAAAAAAGACAAACAACAAUAAAAGUUUUUUUUCUUUCUUUAAAGAAAAAAAAAAAGUACCCCAUUUGAUCACUGCGUGGCAGAGCCCCAGGUUACAGAAUGAUCAGUUCUGAAGUCAAACUUGUCACUGUAAACACUUGGUAGAAAUGGUUUGAAUCAGAUUGAGAUCUCUCUCUGGUCUCAUAUUCAGCAACCCUUCCAAGGCAUCUAUGGGCCUCUGCAAUGAGAGUCACCUCCAGAACUUUGUCUUUGUUAAGUACAUAACGAAGACUAUUGACGAUUUCCCAGUCAGACUCUUAAUUAAGACUUCUUACGGCCGCAUACAAACCACACCUUGGAAGCGAUGGCAGCCAGUGGUCGUCUGCUGCUGCUGCUGCAUACAGCACACUUCAAACACUGGCACUAAAGAGAAAGAGCUAACGCAAUUGUUUCCGCACUUCCAAUCAUGAAACUGAACUCUCCCAUCUUGACAGUGUUGAAGAUUUGAAGUAAUCGUAGUCUGGUUCCUACAUAAACAUGCUUUUUAAAGUUCACAAAUGUUUUAUAUUAGCUCCCCAAAAGAAAGUUGCAUUUGUAAAACCACAUAACCUAUGAACAAUCAGUUUUGGAGCCAAGUUUCUUUUGUUGCUGUGGUUUGUUUUUUUUGGAGGGCAGCAGGAUUGAGUUAAAUAUGGAGCAUGUGUUAUUUCACAAUUCCAUGUCAACAUUCAGCUAAACUUUCUGCUGGUGCCUGUGUGUCUUUAAUGAACGAUUUGUAGACGGCAAACUUUUGAAAAUACAGCACUCCUGGGCUUGCUCAGAACCAACCCUUCUGGGCAUGCUCAGCAGUACCAACAGUAGGUGGCAAUGUGGGGAGCUAAUGUGCUGUGUUCUGUAUGUGGCCAGUUUAUAUUACCAAAAAAGAGCAUGAAGUCCAUUUUUUUUUGUUGUUGUUUUAUGCUUCCUGUUGCGUAAAAAUGUCAUCCAAGGCUAUUUUUAAACGCUUUAUUAUAGAUCAAGUUCCUCACUACUUCCAUGCACAGUCAGCUGCGGUUCUGGGCUUCCCCAGGUUCAUUAUCACCAGUGCUGAGUGACCCAUCAUCUGUGAACACAGCCAGAACAUCAUGGUGCAGUCGAGGUGCUCAGACUGGGUCACUGAACACUGAAAUCACAUGGGUCACUCUCUCAUUUAGAAAUAUUAAAACAAAUUCUUUACAGUUUUACAAACUUUCUUUUCGUAUUUCUAAAAUAUAUGAAUACCACUCACCAAGGAGGUGACCAAGAAACCAAUCAAAUGAAGAGAGCGCUUUCAUAAAUCCAGUCUUGGAGUUUGUUAAAUUUUUUCUUUUUUUUAAAUGGGACUUAACACCUAUUUGUGAAUAAAUGUUAUUAUUGUUGUUGCUAAUGAUAUUAUUAUAGCAAUAUUAAUAAUGCACAAUUAGCAACAACAAUGAUCAAAUGCAUGUUUUGUAAAAUUAACCAAAUGUAUAAAAAGGGUUGAUUUGAUUUUUUAAAUCAAUCCUCGUUUAUU